GCCAGCCCAGGCCUACAGAGCUGCCCGGGACAGAGGCAGUCAAGGACUUAGUCCCAGGACAGCCGGAGGAGAGCUGACAGACCCUACCAAAGGUUGUCGGCACCUGUGCUCAGAGCAGAACCUCAAGGCAGCAAGGGGAGAAGUGUCCCUCCUGAUACACCGGGAAGAUCCAGAAUGGAGAGCCCUGUGCACCGAGUAUCCCUGGGGGACACCUGGAGCAGGCGAGUGCACCCCGACAUAGACAGCGAAAGACGCUUGCAGCCCUUCAGUGUGGAGCGGCUCACUAGCAUCCUUGAUGGAAGUGUCCAGAACACUGUGCUGAGGAGGAGAGUUGAAAGCAUCAUCCAAGCUGACCCAGUGUUCGACUUGAGGAAUGUUUACUUCAUGACUGAUGCUGAGCAAUACGAGGAUGCAGUUCAAAAGAAAUUCCACCUUGAGAUGCUGGCCCGGCGUCUGGGCUGGUCAGAAGGAGGACUUGAACGCAAUUAUGCUAACAAAGCCCUUUCUGGAUACACCAACCUCAGCUUACAUGGUGUUGCCAUGAAUGCUAUCAGAAGCCUGGGCUCAGAUGAGCAGAUUGCUAAAUGGGACCAACUCAGCAAAAACUUCCAAAUCAUCGCAACGUAUGCCCAGACAGAGCUGGGACACGGGACAUACCUGAAGGGCCUGGAGACUGAAGCCACCUAUGACGCAGCCACCCAGGAGUUUGUGAUCCACAGUCCUACAAUAACUUCUGCCAAGUGGUGGCCCGGGGACUUGGGACGGUCUGUUACCCAUGCUGUGGUCCUAGCCCAGUUGAUCUGCUCAGGAGCCCAGCAUGGCAUGCAUGCCUUCAUCGUGCCCAUCCGGAGCCUACAGGACCAUACCCCAUUGCCAGGAAUCACAGUUGGAGACAUAGGGCCCAAGAUGGGCUUGGAACACGUAGACAACGGCUUCCUGCGACUGAACCACAUGAGGGUUCCCAGAGAGAACAUGCUCAGUCGCUUUGGAGAGGUCUUGCCAGAUGGUACCUACCGGAGGCUGGGGACAGCACAGAGCAAUUAUCUUCCCAUGUUGGUGACACGGGUGUGGCUGCUGUUUACAGCAAUCUUGCCCUUCUUCCAGAAGUCUUGCGUCAUUGCUGUGCGCUACUCAGUCAUCCGCCACCAGUCUCGUCUUCGGCCUAGUGACCCAGAGGCAAAAAUCCUGGACUACCAGACACAGCAGCAAAAACUCCUUCCUCAGCUCGCCCUAAGCUAUGCCUUCCAUUUCACGGCCACCAGCCUCUUGGAAUUCUUCCACAGCUCCUACAGUGCCAUUCUGAAGAGGGACUUCAGCCCCCUGCCUGAGCUCCAUGCACUGAGCACUGGUAUGAAGGCCAUGUUUUCAGACUUCUGUGCCCAGGGGGCAGAGAUAUGUCGCAGGGCCUGCGGUGGUCAUGGCUACUCAAAGCUGAGCGGUCUGCCAACACUGGUCACUGGAGUGAUAGCCUCUUGCACGUAUGAGGGUGAGAACACGGUGCUCUAUCUGCAAGUGGCCAGGUUUCUGAUGAAGAGCUACCUUCAGGCUCAGGCGUCCCCCACAUCACGGAAGCCUCUCCCUCAGUCUGUCAUGUAUCUUGCCUCACCAGGGCCAUCCAGGUGCCCAGCCCAGACAGCAGCUGACUUCCUCUGCCCAAACAUCUAUACCACAGCCUGGGCACAUGUGUCUGCCAGGCUUAUAAAGGAUGCGGUACACCAUACACAGUCCCUCAUGAGAUCUGGGCUUGACCAGCAUGACGCCUGGAACCAGACUGCUGUCAUACACCUUCAGGCCGCCAAGGCUCACUGCUACUACAUCACUGUGAGGAGUUUUAAGGAAGCUGUGGAGAAACUAGACAAUGAGCCGGAGAUUCAGCAGGUGCUCCAGCGUCUCUGUGACCUCUGUGCCUUAUACGGCAUUCUGAUGAACUCAGGUGAUUUUCUGCAUGAUGGCUUCCUGUCUGGGGCCCAAGUGGACAUGGCAAGAGCAGCCUUCCUAGGCCUGCUUCCCUUGAUCCGGAAGGAUGCUAUCUUGUUAACUGAUGCUUUUGACUUCACGGAUCAUUGUUUGAACUCAGCACUCGGUUGUUAUGAUGGACAUGUCUACGAACGUCUGUUUGAGUGGGCUCAGAAGUCACCAGCCAAUACUCAGGAGAACCCUGCCUAUGGGAAAUAUAUCCGUCCGCUGCUGCAAGGCUGGAGUCCCAAGCUGUGAGAAGCCAAAGUACUGAAGACCAAGAAGCACUAAGGCAGAAUCUUGGAACAGUCUCACAGAGAAGAGGAAAAGGGUGUCUUGUCUGCCCUAGAGCCAAAACCGCAGAGGUCCACAAUUUCCCUAAAACAGGGAAGUUGUCAUGCAAUGCUCACCAACUAGAAAGUCUCCCAUAAUUAGCACAGUCCUUCCUGCAAGUAACCUUCAAGCAACAGAAUCACAUCAACCCCCAAAACCAAAAUCAAAUGUGUACACAUUGUCCCAACUGUUUCCAAUCCUUCACUGCAAUCUCUGUCUUCUCAGAACUAAACUUAUGUUUGAUGAUUACAUUUGUGGGUUACCACAGUACACCAGGGUAAAAUGGCUGCAAUCAUUUCGUCCCCAAGCGGGAAUGAGUCAUAUUCAUAGAUGUGACAGUUAUAGUAUUCACUGUAAAUACUAUCUGAAAAGUUUUGCACUCUUUAGAGAAGACUGCUUAUCUCCAGUGACACAGCUAGCUUUAUGGACUACAAUGUAAACUUCCACUGAGUCCUUUCAACUCUAUCACACAUGUGCUAUAAGUGGUUUAAUGACAUAAACAAUGGAUAUUUUCAACAAAGAAUAUGAUUUUUCCCUACAAAGCAAUAAAUACAACCCUUAAUGUUCA